AACUAGAAGUCGUCUUUUUCCGGUGGUGUAGGACAUCAUGGCGGCUCUAUGUAGGCUUCGGUUCGGUUUGGGGUCUGCGGUCCGGUUCUCCUCCCGCGGUUCUGUCCGGACUUCGUUCAGCUCGGACGCCACAGACAGACCGAGGUCCGGGUUCGCCGCCGCCUUUGAGCAGCAGACGGAGCUUCGGCGGGAAGCCGAGAGCUCCGCCGACGGGCUGAGAGGCGCCUCCUUCGGACAGAAAGAGAGCUUUGCCGCGCUGCUCCGCCGGUCCCCGCUAAUUCAGAUGGGACCAGCCCGAGACAAGGUGGUGGUCGGGAGGAUCAUCCACGUGGUUAAGGACGACCUGUACAUCGACUUCGGGGGGAAGUUCCACUGCGUCUGUCGGCGGCCCGCGGUCGGAGGAGAGAAGCUGCAACGUGGAUCCAGAGUCCGGCUGCGGGUCCAGGACCUGGAGCUCAGCUCCCGGUUCCUGGGGGGGCAGACCGAUACGACGCUGCUGGAGGCCCAGGCUGUGCUGCUUGGCCCGCUGGAGACCCGGGACGGACGGGACCACCAGAACUAAGGACUAAGACUAAAAUGAGACACUUUUUAAAUUGCAACAGAGGCUGGUAGAACACCGAGGCAGCAUGGAACCAGAACGGUUCUGGACUCUCAAACACCGUUUAGGUGAUGCAAGUUUUUGUCUGUUAAACAUCAGAUUACAAAUAAAAACAAACAUUCAUCUGA